AGGCGGGUCUUUCCUUUUAGGAGGCGUGGCCUUGGGCGGGGGGCGGGGUUAAAAAGAAGGUAGAUGGCUCGGUUUGGGACAGUAACCUGUGAGCUAUAAGAAAGACACGGGCCCUUCCCCCGCCUCUCGCUCUUUCCCAGAUGUCUGCGGCGUCCCAAAGCCUUGCCUCUUCUCCAGUAGGGGGAUUCCUUUCUCCAAGGUCGUCGCAUCUCGGGAGGACCAGCAGGGGGCUCCCGGGAGAUCAGGGGCCCGACCCCUGCCGGCUGGGGCGGAGCUGCCAAUGGGGAGUGAAAGUGAAAGCCGGAUUCCAAGGUGGGGAGCGGGGAGACCUCGGAGCUUCUUCUGGCUCAGGGCAGCAUGGCCAAAGCUUGUGGGGUGCGGCUGAGCGGGGAGGCCCGCAAGCAGGUGGAUGUGUUUAGGCAGAAUCUCUUCCAAGAGGCCGAGGAGUUCCUUUCAACUUUCCUACCACAGAAAAUCAUACAACUGAAUCAGCUUUUGAAGGAGGACUCCUUCAAUGUAGUUGAUUUGACCUCCCUUCGAGCACCAUUGGACAUCCCUAUUCCAGAUCCUCCCCCCAAGGAUGAUGAGAUGGAGACAGACAAACAAGAGAAGAAAGAGGUCCCCAAAUGUGGCUUCCUCCCUGGGAAUGAGAAAGUCCUGGCACUGCUUGCUCAAGUUAAGCCAGAGGUCCGGACCCUCAAAGAGAAAUGUAUUCUGGUGAUCACCUGGAUCCAGCACCUGAUCCCCAAGAUUGAAGAUGGCAAUGAUUUUGGGGUGGCCAUCCAGGAAAAGGUUCUAGAACGAGUGACAGCAGUGAAAACCAAAGUGGAAAGCUUUCAGACAACUAUUGCCAAAUACUUCUCUGAACGUGGAGAUGCUGUGGCCAAGGCCUCAAAGGAGACUCAUGUGAUGGAUUAUCGGGCCUUGGUACAUGAACGAGAUGAGGCAGCCUAUGGGGAACUUCGGACUAUAGUGCUGGACCUCCGUUCUUUCUAUGCUGAGCUCUAUCACAUUAUCAGCAGCAACCUAGAGAAGAUCACCAACCCAAAGGGUGAAGAGAAGCCAUCCAUGUACUGAGCCCCAGGGCCACAAAGGAAAUAAAUCAACUUAACUCUUGUAACAAA